GCCUUGGUGGCCCCGGCAGAGCCCAGCUGCUCGUUCCUGUCCUGCCGGGCCGCGGACAGCGCCGCGGCGGAACGCGGAGGCUCCCCGCCCCUCGCCGAGCUGCGCCGCGGGGCGCCCACCGGUCCCAUGGGGUCGCAGCCGCCGCUACUCCCCGCCGUGGCCGCCCUGCUCUGGGGCUUCCUGCUACCACCGACAGCUGCUCAGGAAGCAAUCCUGCACGCGUCUGGAAAUGGCAGGACUUCACCAUCUAAAGACUACUGCAUUCUGUACAACCCUCAUUGGACAGCUCUUCCAAGUACCGUGGAAAAUGCAACUUCCAUUAGUUUAAUGAAUCUCACUACCACACCGCUAUGCAAUGUCUCUGAUAUUCCUUCUGCUGGGAUAAAGGACAGAGCAGUUGUGGUACAGUGGGGAGCCUGCCAUUUUCUUGAAAAAGCCAGAAUUGCACAGACAGGAGGUGCUGAAGCAUUGUUGAUUGCCAAUAACAGUGUCCAAUAUCCUCCUUCAGGGAACAAAUCUGAAUUUCAUGAUGUGAAAAUACUGAUUGCAUUUAUAAGCGAUAAAGACUUGAAAGAUAUGAAGCAGACUCUAGGAAGUAACAUUACCGUGAAAAUGUAUUCUCCAUCAUGGCCUAACUUUGACUAUACUAUGGUAGUUAUUUUUGCCAUUGCUGUUUUCACUGUGGCAUUAGGAGGAUACUGGAGUGGACUAAUUGAAUUGGAAAACUUGAAAGCAGUGACAAACACUGAAGAUAGAGAAAUGAAAAAGAAGGAAGAGUAUUUAACUUUUAGUCCUCUUACAGUUGUAAUAUUUGUGGUCAUCUGCUGUGUUAUGAUGGUCUUACUUUAUUUCUUCUACAAAUGGUUGGUUUAUGUUAUGAUAGCAGUUUUCUGCAUAGCAUCAGCAACAAGUCUGUACAACUGUCUUGCUGCAUUAAUUCAUAAGAUACCAUAUGGACAAUGCAAGAUUGUGUGUCGUGGCAAAAGCGUUGAAGUAAGACUUAUUUUUCUCUCUGGACUAUGCAUAGCAAUAGCUGUUGUUUGGGCUGUGUUUCGAAACGAAGAUAGGUGGGCUUGGAUUUUACAGGAUAUCUUGGGGAUUGCUUUCUGUCUGAAUUUAAUUAAAACACUGAAGUUACCCAACUUCAAGUCAUGUGUGAUACUUCUAGGCCUUCUUCUCCUCUAUGAUGUAUUUUUUGUAUUCAUAACACCAUUCAUCACAAAGAAUGGCGAGAGUAUCAUGGUUGAACUUGCAGCUGGACCUUUUGGAAAUAAUGAAAAGUUACCUGUAGUCAUCAGGGUACCAAAGCUGAUCUAUUUCUCAGUAAUGAGUGUGUGCCUCAUGCCAGUUUCAAUAUUGGGUUUUGGUGACAUUAUUGUACCAGGCCUGUUGGUUGCGUACUGUAGAAGAUUUGAUAUUCAAGCUGGUUCUUCUGUAUACUAUGUUUCCUCUACAAUUGCCUAUGCUAUUGGCAUGAUACUUACAUUUGUUGUUCUGGUGUUGAUGAAAAAGGGGCAACCUGCUCUCCUGUACUUAGUACCUUGCACUCUUAUUACUGCCUCAGUUGUUGCAUGGAGACGUAAAGAAAUGAAAAAGUUCUGGAAAGGUAGCAGCUAUCAGAUGAUGAAUCAUCUGGACUAUGCAACAAACGAAGAAAACCAAGUGGUUCCUGGUGAACAGGCUAUCCAGCAGUGAUAGUAUGUGGACCUGCAAUAACAUGUCAUUCAUUUUCUACACAGAGUUCGACUUUUAAAAUCCACUUUUGAAUUCACAAUCUAUGAGAAUCUUCAAUAAUAUGCUUGCAAAUAUAUGUUUUUAUGAACUGGUACUGGCAAAUUACAGUAUAAACAGUUAAAAUACAUUUGCUUUUAACUAUGUUAGAAUUGUGCCUUCACAUUAAAUAAAAGCAUAUGGUCUCUGUAAUUUUCAACAUAUAUACAAUAUAUUUUUCUAAAAGAAAGUCUUGGUCCCCUUUACACUUUUCUGACUGAAAUUUGUAUAUUUCUAUCAAAGCAAGUUUUUGAAUAGAUUUAACUGUUAAAGAAUUAUGCAAAUGUAUCUGCUCUAUAGAAAUAGCUGUUUAAGAAGAUACAAGAAGGCAGUUCAACAGUGUUAUGAAAAUUUGGACCUCUAUAUCACUGCAGAGCUUGGAAAUAUAUAACUUGAGAGUAAGUAUAAAUACAUAUUUUUGUAGUUUAAGUUAAAAGCCCUGGUUCUUUUUAAAAUUGAGAACCUAAAUUACUUUGGAUUGCAUAUGUAUUACAUUAGAAAAUACUUUCCGGUAGAGGGAAACAUAGUAGAUAGAACUAGUCGUUAAGAGAGCACAAAAACCAAAACGCACAAUUUUCAGUGGUCUGCCAUUUCCUUGAAGAUGUAGCUUAAAUUUCUGUACUAACGUUCAAUUUGACUAUGGUAUUCCUGAUCUUUGAAAUGUGGCCCUGUUGAUGUCAAAGUUUGAUCUUCUUUAAAAAUUACUUUUCUUAUCAAAUUAAAUAGUAAUAUAUAUGACAA